AAAUAAAUAUUUAAAAAUAAAAAACAAUUUAUUAUAUAUAUUUAACGAUUGAACGUUUGUACGUGAUUGGUUGAUAAUAUUCUACCUUAAAAUUGAACAGCUAAUCGUAUUUCUAGUAUUCUAUUGUUAAUGUCAAUUUGAGAACACUCCAUGAGUUAAGAACUAAAUAAAAGGUUCUAUAUGAAGCUACAUUAUCCGCGUUUUACUUGGUCGAUUUAAUAAGUUUAAUUUUAUUGGUUUGUUUAUUAUUUUUUUUGUCUAUACUAGAAAAUAUAAACAUAAUUUGGACGAUUAUUUCGUACAAAAGUGUAUUUAUGUUAUAUUUACAGUUUCAAUGAGCCAUUGUUGUUAACUAUAUGUUUAUAUGCAUAUAAGAAUAUUGUUUAUUUUGUAAUAUAUUAAAUUGAAAAACAAUGGGUGAUUCGGAAGAAGAAAAUGAUAAAGACUUUGUAUUAGGAAAUAUGACAGGAUUUUUAUUUGGCAAUAUCGAUGAUAAUGGUCAAUUGGAAGAUGAUAUUCUAGAUGCUGAAGCAAAACAACAUUUAGCCUCUCUCGGUCGUCUCGGUUUGAGCUCAUUUAUUAAAGAAAUGAUGCCAAGUGAAAAUGGUAAUGGUGAAAACAGUAUGGAAAUAGAUGAUAAUUGUAAAGAGGAAAACAAAUCUGCAUUAGAGAAAGAUACAGAUUGUCUUGAAAAGUCACCGUCUGCUCUUGAUUUUUCUGAUAUAAAUGAAUUGGCUGAUGAUAUAAAUGAAGAUAACGAAUCAAACAUAUUAGAUCCAAAGAUUGAAAAAGAAAAUGCAGAUUAUGAUGCAGAUGAUGAAGAGGUCAUAAGUAAAUCCGAUACCCAAUUAAUGCCACCACCACCUAUACCGGAAGAAAAAGAAAUACUCACAGCAGAAGAAGUAGAAGCAGCACGACAACGUAAACUUGAAACUCCUCUAGCCUCUAUGUUACCUUCUAAAUAUGCUAACAUCAAUGUAACUGAAUUAUUUCCUGAUUUUCGUGCAAAUAAGGUUCUUAGAUUUUCAAGGCUAUUUGGUCCUGGAAAACCAAGUAGCCUUCCACAGAUUUGGAGAGGUGUUAGAAAAAGACGUAAAAAGAGACGGUAUCAUGAUAUUAGAGAUUCCGAUUCUGGAUCAGAUCAAGAUGAUAGAAAAGUUAAAUUUAAGGGUUUGGUAAUGCAAUAUGGACCAGAUCCAACUCUAGAUUUAUGUCGUUCUGAUGAUGAAACUAAAUUAUUAUUACCAGUAGAAGAUAAAGAACAAGUUGGAAAAACUGGAGAAGCUGGUGAAAAUGGUGAUAUGGGACCAAAAGUAGCAGAUUGGCGAUUUGGUCCUGCACAACUAUGGUAUGAUAUGUUACAAGUUCCUGAAACUGGAGAUGGCUUUAAUUAUGGCUUUAAGAUAAUAGAUAAAUCAGAACAACAAGAUAAUAAAACAAAUAAUGAACAAUUUUCUGAUGAUGCUUUUUUAAUGGUAUCGCAAUUACAUUGGGAAGACGAUGUUGUUUGGAAUGGUGAUGACAUAAAGCACAAAGUAACACAGAAACUAAAUAGCAAAAAUAAUGCAGCUGGAUGGGUUCCAUCUAGUGUAAAUAGAACAGCUCAAGCAUUUAGUCAACCAGGAAAAGGUGGAACGGUACCAGUGGCACCAAAUGUACGCUUAGCAACUUCACAGAUUACUACACCAUUACAUAUGCAGUCUCAAAAAGCUAAAGUAAGCAUGAAUAAAGGAAAUCAACAACAACAGCAAAGAGAAGAAAAUUAUGAUGACACUUGGUAUUCCAUUUUCCCAGUUGAAAAUGAAGAAUUAGUAUAUGGACUUUGGGAAGAAGAAGUCAUUUGGGAUCCAGAAAAUAUGAAAAAAAUUCCUAAACCUAAGAUACUUACAUUAGAUCCUAAUGAUGAAAAUAUAGUUCUUGGAAUACCCGAUGAUAUUGAUCCUGCACUUCUUCAUAAAGAUAACGGACCCCAACCAAAAGUAAAGAUACCACAUCCACAUGUUAAAAAAAGUAAAUUAUUGUUAGGCAAAGCUGGAGUAAUAAAUGUUCUUGAAGAAGAUACACCACCACCACCACCAAAAUCACCUGACAGAGAUCCAUUUAAUAUAUCAAAUGAUACUUAUUAUAUGCCUCGGUCAUCAGAAACAACAUUACGUUUAAAAGUUGGAGGAGGUAACUUAAUACAACAUAGUACACCAGUAGUAGAAUUACGUGCACCUUUUGUUCAAACCCAUAUGGGGCCAAUGCGUCUUCGAAAUUUCCAUAGGCCACUAUUGCGAAGAUACAGUCAUGGUCCACUUGCACUACCUGGUCCACAUAGUGUUCUACCUUUGAUCAAGCAUAUUAAAAAGAAGGCAAAACAAAGAGAACAAGAAAGAAUUGCAUCUGGUGGUGGUGAUGUUUUCUUUAUGAGAGACGCUGAAGAUUUAACAGGAAAAGAUGGUGAAAUAGUUCUCAUUGAAUUUUCUGAAGAACAUCCACCGUUAAUAAAUCAAGUUGGAAUGUGUUCAAAAGUAAAAAAUUAUUAUAAAAGAAAAGCAGGAAAAGAUCAAGGUCCACAAAAAUAUAAAUAUGGAGAAACGGCUUAUGCCCAUACCAGUCCAUUUCUUGGAAUUCUUACACCUGGUCAAAGCAUACAAGCUGUUGAAAAUAAUAUGUACAGGGCUCCAAUUUAUGAACAUAAAAUUCCUGAGACUGACUUUCUAAUUAUUAGGACCAGGCAGCAAUAUUUUAUAAGAGAGAUGGAUGCACUAUUUGUUGCAGGCCAAGAAUGUCCUCUAUAUGAGGUACCUGGACCAAAUUCCAAAAGAGCAAAUAAUUUUGUAAGAGAUUUCUUACAGGUUUUUAUUUAUAGAUUAUUUUGGAAAUCAAAAGAUACGCCUAGACGAAUUAAAAUGGAUGACAUUAAAAAAGCUUUUCCUUCUCAUAGUGAGAGUAGUAUUAGAAAGCGAUUAAAAUUGUGCGCUGAUUUUAAAAGAACAGGAAUGGAUUCCAAUUGGUGGGUAAUAAAGCCAGACUUCAGAUUACCAACGGAAGAAGAAAUCAGAGCUAUGGUAUCUCCAGAACAAUGCUGUGCCUACUUUAGUAUGAUCGCAGCAGAACAAAGAUUAAAAGAUGCUGGAUAUGGUGAAAAAUUUCUGUUUACACCUCAAGAUGAUGAUGAUGAAGAAAUGCAAUUGAAGAUGGACGAUGAAGUCAAAGUGGCUCCAUGGAAUACAACUCGUGCAUAUAUUCAAGCUAUGAAAGGAAAAUGUUUAUUGCAACUAGCUGGUCCAGCUGAUCCAACAGGAUGUGGUGAAGGCUUCUCAUAUGUUAGAGUACCCAAUAAGCCAACUAUCAGUAAAGAAGAACAAGAAGCGCAGCCGAAAAGAACAGUAACAGGAACGGAUGCAGAUUUAAGAAGACUUUCAUUAAAUAAUGCAAAGGCACUUCUUAGAAAGUUUGGUGUUCCAGAAGAAGAAAUAAAAAAGCUUUCACGUUGGGAAGUUAUAGAUGUGGUAAGAACAUUAUCUACAGAAAAAGCAAAAGCUGGAGAAGAAGGUAUGACAAAGUUUUCACGAGGUAAUAGAUUUUCUAUAGCGGAGCAUCAGGAAAGAUAUAAAGAAGAAUGUCAAAGAAUCUUUGAUUUACAAAAUCGUGUUUUGUCAUCUAAUGAGGUUCUAAGUACAGAUGAAGGUGAAAGUUCAGAAGAAGAUAGUUCUGAUAUAGAAGAAAUGGGUAAAAAUAUAGAGAAUAUGUUAUCUAAUAAAAAAACGAGUACUCAAUUAUCUUUGGAACGAGAAGAGCAACAGAGGCAUGCAUUGCGAAAAAUGAUGAUAGAUGAAGUCCAGGAACAAGACAAAAAACCUAAAGAAAAAAAGAGAGACGAAGAGGAAGAUAAUAAUCCGGUUAACAAUUUUGGCACGCAGCAAGGAAGAUUACUUAAGAUUUAUCGCACUUUUAGAAAUCAAGAAGGAAAAGAAUUCACUAGAGUUGAAUUAGUUAGAAAGCCAGCUGUAAUAGACACUUAUUUAAAGAUAAGAAAUUCUAAAGAUGAAACAUUUAUUAAACAGUUUGCUACAUUAGAUGAAGCACAAAAAGAAGAAAUGAAAAGAGAAAAGAGAAGAAUCCAAGAACAAUUGAGAAGAAUAAAACGAAAUCAAGAACGAGAACGUAUGCAAGGGGGUGGUUUCAUUGGCCCAAGCAGCUCCAUUAAUCCUAUAUUUGAUCGCAGCGGCACUAAUACUCCUACCACUACAUCCUCUACUAGUAUCCUUCCAUUCUGUAAUUAUCAAUCCACUUCCCCAGCUUCUAAACAUCCUAAACCUGAAAUUUCUCCCUCUAAACGUAAAAAACCUAAACUCAAACCAGAUUUAAAAUUAAAAUGCGGUGCUUGCGGUAACGUAGGUCAUAUGCGAACUAAUAAGGCUUGUCCAUUAUACCAAAAUAACGUAACAACUGCUCCAGUUAAUGUUGCUAUGACUGAAGAACAAGAAGAAGAAAUAGAAAAGCAACUUAAUACUGAUGAUCAGGACCUCGUUAAUGUCGAUGGAACAAAAGUUAAAUUAUCAUCUAAAUUGAUUAAGCAUGCAGAAGAAAUGAAAAGGCGUACUUUACUAUUAAAAGUUCCAAAAGAAGCAGUCAAUUCGAAGAAAAGAAGAAGAGCUACUGGAGAUGACCAUUGUGAUUAUCUUAAGAGACAACAAAGACCAGCCAAUCGUCGUAGAACUGAUCCUGUUGUUGUUAUGUCAACUAUGCUAGAAAAUAUCCUAAAUGAACUGAGAGAUUUACCAGAUGUUCAACCUUUCCUUUUCCCAGUUAAUCCAAAGGCUGUUCCUGAUUAUCAUAAAAUUAUACAAAAACCUAUGGAUUUACAAACAAUACGUGAAAAUUUAAGAUUAAAAAAAUACCAAAGUAGAGAAGAAUUUUUGGCUGAUGUUAAUCAAAUAGUUGAAAACUCUACACUUUAUAAUGGACCUAAAUCCUCAUUAACAGUAGCAGCCAAACGUAUGUUAGAUACAUGCGUAGAAAAACUUGGUGAAAAAGAAGAUCGUUUAAUGAGAUUGGAAAAAGCAAUUAAUCCUCUACUUGAUGAUAAUGAUCAAGUAGCUCUUACAUUUAUUCUGGACAACGUUGUCAAUAAUAAAUUAAAAUCUAUGACAGAAGCCUGGCCAUUCAUAAAACCUGUUAGUAAGAAAACAGUGAAGGAUUAUUAUAAUGUAAUUAAACGUCCAAUGGAUUUAGAUACUAUUUCAAAGAAAGUUUCAGCUCAUAAAUAUCAUAGUCGCCAGGAAUUCGUUCGAGAUGUUGAACAAAUUUUGGAAAAUUGUAUAAUUUACAAUGGAAAAGAUUCUCUAUUUACAAAAAAAGCUGAAUUAAUUGUUAAAACUUGUAAAGAGACCUUAGACGAAUAUGAUGAGCAUGUAACUCAACUAGAAAAUAAUAUAUUAUUAGUACAAAAACGAGCAAUGGAGCAAGCAGAUAUAGAUUCUUCGUGGCUUGGUCCAGACGAAGAAAAUUAUACUAUCGUAGAGCCUGAAUUCAGAGGGAGUCAAACUAGUUCACCAGAAAAUCCAUUUGGAAAAUCAAGCAUGGAUGAUUUCGAUUUUGUUGAUGUGGAAGGUGAUAUGGAAAUUGAUCCUGGAAGAAAUGUACAUUCUAAGAAAAAAGAUGUACUUGAAGAAGAUCUGCAAUUCUCCAGCGAAGAUGAAUUUGAUGAAGUUCCAUUUGGAGCAGAUGAACAAUCUGAACAUAACGAAAUGGAAACGCUUGAAUUAAGUGAAGUUAGAAUAGAAAGAGGAGGAGUAGUUUUGGCUGACGAUGACAGUCAGCAAGCAGCGGAAGCAAUGGUACAAUUAGGUAAUGUUGGAUUUUAUAUGGGAGAACAACAAUUACUCCAACAAGAUGAGAGUAUGGAUGUCGAUCCAAAUUAUGAUCCAUCAGAUUUUCUAUUGGCUGGACUACCUGCACGAGACGAUAAAACUAAUACCGAGAAUAAUAUUACACAAUGUAAAGAAGAUAAUCAACAGCAACCUUUACAGCAAGAAGAAGAUGUUGGUGGUGACCUUUGGUUUUAAAUAUAUUAAAAAUAAACCGAAGAAAAAAUAAUAUUUUAUAUUGUAAAAAUGUAACUAUCUUGUAUA